AUGCGUUACGGACUUAGCUCUCAGCUCGGCGAGGCUGAAGCAGGAGCGUGGGAGGCCCGCGGAGCUGUAAGAUGGGGGACAGGCGGCUUUUCCCUGCCCCAAGGAGACAGCGAGCACUGGCCUGCGGUGUGUGAGCGGCUCACAAGGCCGCAGCCCCUUGCUCACACGGUCAGAGCGCGCAGGCUGCCGGCAUGGCGGCCACUCCCCUCAGCGGCCGGGCGCCAUCUUAGCGCGGCCGCGGCCGGCGGAAGGGGCGGGCGGCAGCGGCCCCGGCUCCGUGUCGGCGGCCCCGGGACGGCGGCGGCGCCGGAGCUGCGGGAAGCGCUGCAGCAGCGGCCGCGGGGUUCGGGCAUCGCCACGGUGACCGAGCACGCUGAGGUGUUCACGGGUGGAGAAAUGAUGCCCCACGUCCAACACAUGAAAGGAGCUCACAGUAAAAACCUUUUCCUUAAAGACAAGAAGAAGAAAGGGUUCUGGCUGGUGACUGUUCUGCACAACAGGCAAAUCCAUUUAAAUGACCUUGCUAAAAAACUGGGUGUUGGAAACCUGAGGUUUGCUGAGAAACUGAAAGUGUGCCAGGGCUGCGUGACACCCGUGGCCCUCUUCUGCGACCAGGGAGACGUGAGGUUUGUGCUGGAUGGACUUGUGGAAGGUGGCCACGAAAAGGUGUAUUUUCACCCAAUGACAAAUUCUGCAACCGUGGGCUUAAGCCCCGAAGGCUUCUUGAAGUUUGUGAGAUCAAGGGGCCACGAUCCCGUCCUUGUACGCUUCGAUGAUUGCACGAAGUAGAUGAAGCUGAUGUUUCUGUCAACGAGGAUUGUGUAGAGCACAACUGGCGAAAAGUCUCAUUACAAAUACAGUCUGAAAAAGCAGGUUCACCCCUUGUUUAAUGUUACCAGUUGUGGAACUUGAUGUUGUGUAAUCUGGUGGGAAAAGCAAGCCCCGCCUGUCCUGGAGUUACUGAAAGGGUUAACAGAAUAGUCUCAAAAAGACAUGUGCAACCUACCCCCAGUAACCAGGGAGUAGAGAAGGUGUUAUUGAGUAAUUUUACACUGUUUGUUAAUAAAAUGGAUAAAACUGGAACUUUCUCUGUGUGGUACUGGCCUUGGAAGAUUAAACUUAAAACAUCAUGAGGAAACAACAGCAGUUUUAAAGCAUCUGUCAGCACACACAGACAGAAGAGUCCAGCCUGUGGAGCUGUACCCCUUUUGUCCCCUGCUGCAUACACAUUGCUUGCUUUUUAUUACUUCAACCUAGAAAACCCAGCUUCCCCACACUACAGAAAACACAUCUGAUUGUCUCGGUUUUUAGUUGGAUUUUCACUUUCACA